UGGUAGUAGUCCGAGUGUCUUGGCAUUUGAAUUUUGUAGCACAUGUCCAUUUCUUUGAAGACAUUGUUGUGCGAAAGACAAGAAGCGGGGGAUAGAGAGAUUUGAUAUCUUAGUACCCGGUUCUUUGAUCCUGUCGCUUUAAGCACAAACGACGGCAGGUUAUUUCGGAUCUUGACUUGUUCAACCCAGUUGUUGAUCUAUUGUCUGUGUGGUAACUUAUUCGUCGAAAAUGGGUCGUAGAUCUAAAUUCACGUUCCCCGUGCCUGGACGAUCAGUGAAGCAGCCACCCGCGCUAGCAGUCCCGAACUCGCUCUCGAAAGCAGAGAGAAUUUUGGGAACAGGUGGGCAGAAUCUCGGUUCCCCUACUGGAACGAAGGAUCCUAACCGAACUUGGGAAACGGAAUCGACUGGCGGCAUCAGUAUAUCAAUAUCUGAGAGUAGCGCCAGCCAGUCUGGUGUCUUAGACGAGGAAGAAGACGGAUACGACAGGACGGCAUAUGGUAGAAAUCGAUGGGAGGAAGAAUCAGAGGCGCUUCCACGGCGUUUGCGAAGCGCUACAGGCUUUUUUAGUAGGGAGGUGAAGCCUAAGAGGUCAGCCGUAACCCUUGGCGCUCGCAGCCGGGAUGCUUUGACGGACGAAUCCAGUUUUCACAGACCCCAAACCAGCUCUACCGUUCAUUCGCACUACGAAUCGGACAAGGUGCCGCUCUCUAUAUCGCAGCAGACUUCGAAUUCGGCGAUGGCCAAGGGGCUCCCGACUAAAGCCAGCGCGUUGUUGGAUAUUGACGGGUCGCUCUACGGCAAAGUGCAGCCACAAAAAAAGAAGCCAUCCAAGUUGGACUUCGCAAAGCUUAGAUUGAGGACCCGUAAGGAGCGCCAUGCGGACACUAAUGGAGUCGUGCCUGUAUUAGGAAACAAUUAUGUGAUGAAGUCGCCAUCUGUCAUGUCGCAUGCAUCGCAUUCUGCAAUCUCGCUAACACGAUCGCCCACAAGUCCCGGGGAAAGUGAAAAAACCCCCAAGCCGAACUUAAUAUCCCAGUCCCAAGCUAUAGAAACAUCAACACGACCGAGCCGCUCGAAAGUGAUAAGUAACGCUAGUACGCUGCACCAGCUAUAUGAUCAUUAUGAGCAGAUGUCGUUUCAGGAUCCCGAUACGUUGCAUGAGGAGGACGAAGAGGAAGAAAUAGGUAAUAAGGGGCACGUGAACGGGGAGCAUCUCCUGCCCCGGACGUACGAGACAACGGUCUCAGAUGUGUCUCGUGAGGAUAUGAUUACGCCACUGCCGAAUUCAUCGUUUAGAGACCCGAGCUCCAGAUGGAAUCAUAGCCGAAAUACCUCACAAGCGAGUAAAGCUACUGUAACGAGGGCUGAAACACCGAGUACCUUGCAGAUACGCCCAUCGUCGAGGAAUGAAUCUGCUGCGAGCGUGUCGAGUCGCCAUACGCGGACCUCGAAAGCUACACCAUCAAUCAUGAGCACUAUAGAUUCCGAUAGGCAGCAGCAGAGCGUCUUGUCGCUUACGGAUUCGGAAUCCGAGGAAGGGGAUACCGUAUAUUCCGGCCCGGGUUCGUCUCUGCGGUCUUACAACAAUAGCUUCCGUGAUGAUGCCAGCGUCGCCUCGAGUCAACAACAACGAAGCAACUCACGAUUAUCUGUCGGCAGCCACUCGACUAACCCCAAGGGAGCAUCAUACGCACAACUUAACGAUUACCUUGCCAUCCCCCACGCCUCUCCUAAAACCAAGGCCACCCGAUCACCAUCAACUAAUUCGUCCAUAAGCACGGCGACGCGGGUUUCCUCGCCCACCCAACCUCAAGACCCUCAGCAGCAGCUAACUCGUGGGUCUGUUUCGACAAUAAAUACCUUAGGCUCUGUAUUGUCGCCUACCUACAGCAACCACACCCAUUACAGCGUACAGGAAGCGAGAGCGGUCGCCUUCACCCCGUACUCUUCCACAGCCGAAGCCGCCUUGUCAGUUUCGAUGGACCAAGGACCGAUCAGCUUAAACCGCGCCGCGUCACAGCAGGCAAGACAGCGCGGGUCUCAGAAUUCCCACGCUUCCGACCAGCCGACGCCGCCGCUAUCGCCUACUAGCUUAGAGUUCUACAGGAAAUCACCGGAUUCCUCCCGGCGGGAAUCGACGGCAAGCAAAGCUAGCGAAACGCAGAAUGGGCGGAUGAUGGCGGUAACGAAGCAGGAGGAAAUGCUUCUGGCUGCGCUGCGGAAGAAGAGGGCUAGGAUGCGGGAGAACAUAAUUGCUGAGCUCGAGGGGGGGAGGAAUAGCCCCGGAGGCGUCAGCCUCGAAGAUGCCGAUGAUCUGGAGCAGUUGGCGUCCGCGCAUCUGAAGGAUGCCGAGAGACAAGCUGCUCAGGAAGUCAGGGAAGCUCGUACCAGGAUAAAACAGUCUAAUAACUUUUCAACGAGAUCGUCGUCACUUGUCGGGCGAAGCGGUCGGAGUUCCAGCAACGGUCGAAUACGCAAUCAAUCUGCCGGACCGCGUCGCGUGGAAGCGUCGCCAUCGGCUUAUUAUAGAGAGCCGAUAGAGAGGGCCCCUUCGCGAAUGAGAGCCUCCCCCGGACCCGAGUCGCGGCCAACCGACCGAUCCCGCCAUGAGCGUGUUCUGCUCUACCUGGACCGACCGAACGAUAGCAUCGACGUGAUCGACGAGGCGGAGCCGAGCCCGGAUCUGAGCGAGUUCAUGGACGACGAGUUAGGGUUCCCCAUAAACGAGCGUCGAAGCAGAACUAGGUCCAAACUUGGCAACGGCCGCCCGCGCCCCGAAUUGAGCCCGAUGAGCCGAAAGAGCAACUCGUCGAGGAACCAGCCCAAGGGCAGCCCGCGAAUCAACGAGGAUAUCGACGCCGAUAGUAUAGACUUCGACGACUUCCCAAUGGUCGGCGGCCGACCUAAGCUGUCUACCCUUAAGCCCGUGCCGGAGAAGGGGAUCCCCAGACCGGACAGUCCUGUUUCCCCAGCGGAUGGGUUCAUAGAACCGUCUACUCUUGGCCACAAGAAGGGGAAGAAGAGCGCCGUGAGACUUAGCGCCGUAGGCCAAGUUAGUUCACCUAUACCGUGGUGGGGAGACGACGACUGAAGAGGUAGAGGGGAUAUGAUAUAAUCCACUCAUUGCCGAUGAUCGCAUUGGCGAUAAAUCGUCACGCUCAUCCCUUCUCUAGUCAACGAGCUGGAUGAAUAAUAACUUAAGCUACAUUUUUCCUAUAUUUUUCGAAAUCUGUAAGCAUGCACGCAGGCAUGCACAUCAAUGGUUGUUUGAUUAGCGCUCGGUUAUCUCUUUUAUUUUAUUUUAACGACUGUCAGGCGAGUGAGUUCGGGUGGGAAAUCAUACGGGGUUCAUUCAUAUCGACUUAUACUGGGGAGUGCGGCAUCGCAUCGUUCACGACUAAUACAUACAUACCACUACUAUCCAUCCAUCCAUCCAGUCCUAUUCCUCUCAUUCGAAGAGGAUUUGGGGGAUCAUAGCGACGCCAUGGGACGGCGCAACAGCCAAAGAAAAAAAAAGGAAUUCAAUUUUUCGAAAGAUUUGUUUUGUCGUUUCCAAUUAGAUGUU